CCGGGCCUACUAGACUUCUGCGGGAUUUUCGUUUGUUUUAUGGUGAUCUUACUUUGCCGCUGCUGUCACUCAUCAUGAUGCCUCUCACUUCUCGGCGGCGGAUCGCUCUGAUUGCCGCCUGCUCUACUGUCUUUCUUGUCUUUUUACUUUUCAGUCGUCAUUCAUCCUCACCAUCUUUUAGCAAUUCUACAUCCCAUCACGAACCACAAUCACCACCACCACCAGCACCAAAUCGUCAAAAACAACAACAGCAUCCAGAUCCAACCUCAUCGUUGCCGGACAAUGAUGCCAUUCCAGUCAUCUACCCUCCAGCAUUCACAUUACAUCAACCAGGACCUGGCGAAAAGUUCAUCACGUAUUUGCCACAUUCUGGUUUCCACAACCAACGUAUCGAGCUCGAAAACGCGCUCUUGUUGGCGGCCUACUUGAACCGCACCCUAUUACUGCCACCGGUCUUUUUGGGCAAUCCAGCCAUGCCGUGGCUGCGAUACGACAAAAUGUACGAACGGCUUCUACUACAAACGAAGCGAGGACUUGAGCACUGUCCACAAGUUGGACCUGACGAGCCGCUGCCAUCUGAAUGCCUCAACUACUUUCGCUGGACGCAAGUACCAUGGUCGUUCUUCUAUGAUCUGUCUAAGGGCAUCAAAGACAAUGUACGGAUCGUGUUCCGCGACGACUUAUCGACAGAAUGGAUCAUGGACACACUCCAAGUCGGCGUCGACGACAUCUACUUCAUGAAGGACAUGUCGCCCUAUGAGUUUCGAGUGUACGACAAGCCAGAUUCGGCGACACCUUUGGCCAAAUUUGUGAACCGGAUCGAUGUGGCCACGUUGGAGGCCAUCGAGACACCGGUUUUGCACUUUGGAUCAGUAUUUGGCACUUAUCGGGUGCUCGCACAAACCGAAGCACAUGCCGAGCUGCUCAGAACGUUCCGGUCGGAAAUGAUCUUCCGGAACCCCAUUUUGGCGGAAACAGCGGCACGGGUGGUACGACAGCUCGGUGGGGUGGACCAAUUUGUCGGUUUGCAUAUCCGUGUUGGGGAUGGCUUGUUCAAAGUCAGAGCGUCGAUCCAUGUGGAUGACAUUUACCACAAGCUCGUCGAUGCAUUUACGGAUUUGAAUGUGGACCAGGUUGCGUACUACGAGGACUACAAGCAUGACCAGGACAGACAAGAGAACGAGGACUAUGAAGUCCGUCAGCUGCGCAAGUUCAAGCCGAUCAAUGAGGACCUCAGCAAGCCAAUCGAGGUCAACCACCCGCCCAAGAUCCAGGAAAUGCUGGGCAGCACGCCGCCGGCAGGACUGACGAGAAUGUGUGAGCCGCCGACUGGCAUGGAUGCGGCCACCAGACGGUUCCAAAAGACGGUGAUCUACAUUGCCACGGAUGCGGCGUCGCCCAGGACGAGCCCGCUCUUGCGCAAGAUCUUUGCUACGUUCCCUUGUGUGUUUGUGCUGUCGGACUUUGGCGAGGAGCUGCACGACCUCAAGCGGAUCCAGGUGGUUGAGGAGAAGGUGAAGCUGGAGUCGUACUUGAUCCCGAUGGUGGAUGCGAUGAUAGCGGCACAGGGGCACGCGUUCUAUGGCACGGCGGACAGCACGUUCAGCAGCUACAUUGAGCGGCAGCUGCACCCUGUGUACACGGACCGGCCUGUCAAGGUGAUGAAUGUAGGAGGAGGCGGCAAGAAGAAAAAGGCGGAAUAAGACCAAAGAAGAAUAAAAGAGAUAAAAAGUGGCAGGAAUUUUUUUUUAUUUAAUGCAUGGAACUCCCUUCCCAAUUU